CGUCGCCAUAUUGGACUCUGGCUGAGUAAUAAAUUCCCCCGCACAGGAGCGCGGUCUUUUUUAAGACGCGCGUCGCUGGGAGUGUUUCUGCUACUGCGCUCCUGUCGCGGUCCUGUGGUCAGCGGCUUCCGCGUGGCCCGGAGCGAGGCCAGGCAGCCGGCGCUCGAGGCCCGCGUCGUCAUGGCCGCGGUUCCCGAGUUGCUGCAGCAGCAGCAGCAGCAGCAGCAAGAGGAGGAUCGCAGCAAGCUGAGAUCUGUAUCUGUGGACCUGAAUGUUGAUCCCUCGCUUCAGAUAGACAUACCUGAUGCACUCAGUGAGAGAGAUAAGGUCAAGUUUACAGUACACACCAAGACCACACUGCCCACGUUUCAGAGCCCAGAGUUUUCUGUUACAAGGCAACAUGAAGACUUUGUAUGGCUACAUGACACACUUUCUGAAACUGCAGACUAUGCUGGGCUUAUUAUUCCACCUGCUCCUACAAAGCCUGACUUCGAUGGCCCUCGAGAGAAGAUGCAGAAACUGGGGGAGGGUGAAGGGUCUAUGACCAAAGAAGAAUUUGCCAAGAUGAAGCAAGAGCUGGAAGCUGAAUAUCUUGCUGUCUUUAAGAAGACUGUAUCCUCCCAUGAAGUCUUUCUUCAGCGGCUCUCUUCUCAUCCUGUUCUCAAAAAAGAUCGCAACUUUCAUGUAUUCCUGGAAUAUGAUCAGGAUCUUAGUGUUAGGCGGAAAAAUACCAAAGAGAUGUUUGGUGGUUUUUUCAAAAGUGUGGUGAAAAGUGCUGAUGAAGUCCUUUUUUCUGGAGUGAAGGAGGUAGAUGACUUCUUUGAGCAAGAGAAGAAUUUCCUCAUUAACUAUUAUAAUAGGAUCAAGGAUUCAUGUGCAAAAGCUGACAAAAUGACCAGAUCUCAUAAAAAUGUUGCAGAUGACUAUAUCCACACUGCAGCCUGCCUGCAUAGCCUGGCUUUAGAAGAGCCCACAGUCAUCAAAAAGUACCUAUUAAAGGUUGCUGAACUAUUUGAAAAACUUAGGAAAAUAGAGAGUCGAGUCUCCUCAGAUGAAGAUUUAAAGGUGACAGAGCUCCUUCGAUAUUACAUGCUCAACAUAGAGGCUGCUAAGGAUCUCUUAUACAGACGUACCAAAGCCCUCAUUGACUAUGAGAACUCAAACAAAGCAUUGGAUAAGGCCCGGUUAAAAAGCAAAGAUGUCAAGUUGGCUGAGGCACACCAGCAGGAAUGCUGCCAGAAAUUUGAACAACUUUCUGAAUCUGCAAAAGAAGAACUCAACAAUUUCAAACGAAAGAGAGUGGCAGCAUUUAGAAAGAAUCUAAUUGAAAUGUCUGAACUGGAAAUAAAGCAUGCUAGGAAUAAUGUCACCCUCUUGCAGAGCUGCAUUGACUUGUUCAAGAACAACUGAUCUGCUUUUUCUCUGAAUGAAGGAUAUGAAUGUGAAAGCCAGCAUCUCACUUGCACUUAAAAUCAUCACCACAGAAGAUUACCUUUGACUUUAGUUUAAAAUUAUGUUAAUAAACAUUUUGAUUUCUAAAAAUCUUAA